AUAAUACCUUCAUGAAGCCUAUAAAUGUUGGAGUUUGGAGAGCAAUUAGGAGCACUUUGAAAAAAGACUCUUUUCUAAGAAGAUGGAAACGAUUGAUAAGAAAGCUAGCCAUGUUGAGAAGACAAAGGGUGGAUUGGUCACCAUGCCCUUCAUUUUUGCAAAUGAGGUUUGUGAGAAGUUGGCAGUGAUGGGUUUUAGCACAAACAUGAUAAGCUACUUAACUCGGCAGCUUAACAUGCCAUUAACAAAAGCAGCCAACACUCUCACCAAUUUCGGUGGAACUGCAAGCUUGACGCCGCUGCUCGGAGCCUUCAUUGCCGACGCAUACGCCGGCCGCUUCUGGACUAUAGUCGUUGCUUCCAUCAUAUAUCAGUUAGGCAUGACAAGCUUAACAAUAUCAGCAGUACUACCACAAUUAAGGCCUCCCCCAUGUAAAAAAGACAAUCAAGUAUGCCAACAAGCCAACAGUGGGCAACUAGGAAUCCUCUACAUCUCACUCCUCCUAACAGCCCUCGGAGCUGGUGGGAUCCGACCCUGUGUGGUGGCAUUCGGGGCGGACCAAUUCGACGAAACGGAUCCAAAACAAAAAACCAAGACAUGGAAAUUCUUCAAUUGGUACUAUUUUUGCAUGGGCGCUUCAAUGCUUGUUGCAGUGACAGUGAUUGUCUACAUUCAGGACUAUGUUGGGUGGGGAUGGGGACUAGGAGUUCCAUCCAUUGCCAUGUUUCUUUCUAUCGUUGUGUUCGUGGUGGGUUACCCGUUGUACCGGAAUUUGGAUCCAGCGGGUAGCCCAUUUACCCGAUUGUUACAAGUUUGUGUGGCUGCAUUUAGGAAAAGAAAUUUGGAUAUGGUUAGUGAUCCUAAGUUGCUAUAUGAGAAUGAGGAGAUUGAUGCUUCUAUUUCUGUUGCCGGAAAGCUUCUUCACUCUAAGAAUAUGAAAUUUUUGGAUAAAGCAGCCAUUGUAACUGAAGAAGACAACACAAAAUCACCCAACCUAUGGAGGCUAAACACAGUCCACCGAGUCGAAGAGCUCAAAUCAGUGAUUCGAAUGGGACCGAUAUGGGCUGCUGGAAUCAUCCUCAUCACAGCCUAUGUCCAACAAAACACCUUCUCCCUCCAACAAGCCAAAACCAUGGACAGACACCUCACACCCUCCUUCCAAAUCCCCGCUGGCUCCAUGACCGUCUUCACCAUGACCUCCAUGCUCGCAACCAUCGCCUUCUACGACCGCCUUUUCAUCCCUGCCAUGCGUUCCUUCACCGGCCUUGACCGUGGUAUUAGCUUCCUCCACAGGAUGGGCAUCGGUUUCGUCAUUUCAAUCGUAGCCACCUUAGUGGCAGGCUUCAUCGAAAUCAAACGAAAACACGUCGCCUCGGAUUUUGGUUUGACCCACAAGCCGCAUGCAAUCAUACCCAUGUCGGUUUUUUGGCUCGUGCCCCAAUACAGCCUUCAUGGGGUGGCAGAGGCAUUUAUGUCAAUUGGACACCUAGAGUUUUUCUACGAUCAGGCACCGGAGAGCAUGAGGAGCACCGGUAUGGCAUUGUUUUGGACUGCGAUUUCAAUGGGGAACUAUGUGAGUACUCUUAUGGUUUGGAUUGUGCAUAAGUUGAGUGCAGGUCCUGGCGGAUCAAAUUGGCUUCCGGAUGGGAAUUUGAAUGUGGGGAAGUUGGAGUAUUUUUACUGGUUGAUCACAUUGUUGCAAGUUGUUAACCUUUUUUACUACUUGUUAUGUGCCAAAUUUUAUACUUUCAAACCCAUUCAGAUCGAAAGGAAAGAAGAUGGUGAGCCCAAGGAAAACGGGGUUGAACUAGCUAGCCAUGUUUAGUUUCCUCUUUUCUAUCUGUACUAUGAGCUUAAUUUUUUAGAUCAAUCAGCUGAUUAUGUGUUUUAAAUAGUGAUAGAAUGGUAGCUCCCUCUCCUUGCCAUAUUAUUAUUUUCUUUCUUUUGUAGUUUAAUAUUCCAAGCUUGGUUUUGCAUACGAAAACAAUUCAUGAUGGGAAUAUACCAGUAUGAAAUCCUUUCAGUACAUA